AUGUCGCAGGGGGCCCAAGGACACCGAGCGCCAGGGAGCCAGGGGAGUGGGCUGGGUGGGCCUUACCGGGUGGUGGGCUGGCUCAGAGCGGCUCGCUGCCUGCGGUUCAAGUCUGGCGCGCCGGCCCCGGCGUGGCGGCUGCUCGGCGAGUGGCGCGUGUCGGGUGGGAAUGGCGUAGAUCGCGGGGGACGGGAAUUGGUGCGGUGGCCUCUGAGCGCCGCACGAUCUGCCAGCCCCAGGUUCCUUCCGGAGCUUCUGACGAUGGCGCUGAGCGCGCAGUGCGGCCUCCCGGCCCCGGGGCCCACCGAGGACUGUGCGGCGGCGGCAGCGCGGCGGGCACUUGGCAGACGCUCCCUGCGUCCACGGGCCCUCGCGCGCCACUCCGUGACCCGAAGCCGUGACCCGAUGCCCUUGCGCCCAUCCGGGAUAUGGCGCUCUAGGGAAGAGCGGACACCGCGCGUCCGCGCAAGGAUGGAGGCCUUCAGAAGCACAGGCGGUGACCCCAGCCGGCGACGUCGCGGCGGGCGGUGCCCACCCCGGACCCUGCGCCCAGCGGCCGCCAGCGAGUGCAGGAGUCAGCUGUGCCUCCGCCUCUGCGUCGUCAAGGAGACCCUGGGCACCGAGAGGGACUAUGUUGGCACCUUGCGGUUCCCUCCCUCGGCAGCCCCGUCCUGGGCCUUGUUCUCUGCACUCUGA